AUGGCGGCAGCUGCUAAGCGUCAGUUUCGGCCAUCUGCGCUUGAUAAUGUCGAAGAUAUCGAGAAUUAUCGUCCUGGGGGUUUUCAUCCUAUUCAUAUAGGAGAUGAGCUUCAAGAUCGAUACAAGAUUGUCCACAAGCUAGGGUACGGAGGUUUCUCUACCGUCUGGUUAGCCAGGGACAAAGUUGAUGAACAAUACGUUGCGUUGAAGAUUUUAGCAGCAAGCAGCCAGCAAGAAUCUAAGGAACUUGGAGUUCUCCAGAAACUAGUGGAGCCAUCGACUGACCAUCCCGGACAAAACAGCGUCCUCUCUCUUCUCAAUAACUUCGUGAUUGAGGGGCCUAAUGGUCGACAUCUCUGUCUCGUCGUACAGGUUGCUGGCCCAAGCAUCGCUGCCUUAAAUUACUCGCCUGGAGCCGUCGCUGGAAGUCGUCGAUUGAGACCAGAGCUUGCUGUUAAGGUCGCCAAUCAGACAGUCCAGGCUUUAGACUUUGUUCAUUCUCAAGGCUUCUGCCACGGAGAUGUCACUGCUUCGAACAUUUUGAUUCGACUCGAUAAGUCCAUUGACACCUGGUCACAAGAAGACGUGUAUGAGCGAUUGGGCCUACCAAUAAAAGACGAGAUUGGCACUAUUUCUGGAUCAGCUCCAGGAGCGUCAGCUCCUAAAUAUAUCGUGGAACCCUGCUCUCUUCUCAAUCCACAGCUGCUAUCCGAGGACAUCCUGCUUGCUGAUUUUGGUUGUGCGUUUCCUUCGAAUAACCCACCAUCCAAUCCAGAUGAAAUAGGCCUCACAAUGUCCUAUUCUGCGCCUGAGGUCAUUUUUGACUCUAAAAUGAGUGUCUAUUCUGAUAUUUGGGCCCUCGGUUGUGUCCUUUUCGAAAUCAGAAGCGGCGCUCAACUUUUUGGAGACUGGAUAGGGACGAAAGAUGAUAUACUGCGGCAAAUGAUACAAGCAUUUGGGAAAUUACCAGAGCCGUGGUGGAGCUUGUGGGAUCAGCGCGGCGCCUUUUUUGACGAUAAUGGAGAGCCUAGGACGACUUGGGAUGAUGGAAUUGCUAGAGCAACCAAAUUCGAACUGAAUGAUAUGAUAGCUGAAAUUGGUGCUGAGGAUGAAGAGGAAGAUGACCCAGAAAGGCCAUGUGCUGUGAUGCUGGAACCUAAUGGGGUUACAGUGCCAGAAGAAGAGGCUUCACAGAUGAAAGACCUAUUGGAAAAGAUACUAAAAUGGAUACCAGAAGAGCGCAUUUCCAUCAAGGAAAUUGCAAAGCACUCCUGGCUCUCGUAG